AUGGUUCAACGCGUUUUAAUUUGUUUCCUGCUCUUCCUAGUCAAUCAUUUGCAUGCGAGUGAUUUUGAUGUUAAGUUGAUAAAGCAACUGAGCAGAGGUCGAUUGCCGCGGAACUUUGUGUUUUCUCCAUUUGCGAUUCACCAGGCUCUCGCAGUGCUCUAUCAGAGCAAGGAUAACAUCACGGACAGCCAGAUAGAAAGAGCCCUUGAAUUAACUGGAUUUCGUAAGGAGGAGAUCUUCUCCUUACUCGGAGAAGCUCGGGAAAAGGCUGUUCAGGCAAAAUUUACGUUGGCAAAUCGAAUUUAUUUGGCCGAUGAUUACAAUGCAUCGCAGAAUAUUAUGAAAAUAGGCGGAAAUCUGGGCGUUGAUGUGAAAAAUAUAAAGUUCUCCGACGGCCACAGCUCAGCGAAUGAGAUCAAGAAGUGGUUAAAUAAAUCCAUCGACAAUGCUGGAAACAAUCUAUUUGGCAAAAAGGAUAUAGACAAAACCACUCGAGUUGUGGCUGUUCAAGGAACGUCAUUUGCAUGUGUGUGGAAACACCGAGAAAAGGCGAUGACAAAUAGGACAUUUCGCUGGAUACGGCCGAAUAGAAGAACCUUUGUCUAUAGGGUCCAAAUGAUAUACAUCGAAGCACCGAUGGAGUUUUUCAGCGGGGAUCAAUGUCGCGGUGUUAUGGUCCCAUUCUCUAACACUGAUAUCGGAAUGCUGGUAUUAUUACCAAGGUCACAUUAUACACCCCAGCAAGUACUGCAAAACCUGGACAAAUUUUUGAACAUGAAGUUGCGAAAAGGGGAGGCGACGCAUCUCUUCCUACCAAAAUUUAAAGUCCAGGAAACUAUGGAUCUUAAUGCGGCCCUGAAAGCUUUGGGCAUCACGGAUGUGUUUACUAACGGGGACAAGGAAUCUAAGUCAAAUGCCGCGAUUUUUAAGCAGUAUAAUUCAUUGGAUGUGGAUCAAAAUCGGCUGUUGAUGACUAUAGAUGUGAGCAACGACUUCGACGAUAGAGACUUAUAUGUCAACCGCGGUUUUGUGUUCGUAAUCAAGGAUAAGAACACCAUUUACAUGGUCGGUCGCAUGGAGACGGUUUGACAGUGCGGUUGCAGGAAUUUACAGUGAAAUGUCAGCCGAGUUGUAUAUUAAAUUAACUUGAACUAA